AUGAAACUAUAACUAAAGGAAAUUCAGUUCUUUGAGAACAUCUCCUACUCACUUUCAGAGGAGAUUGAUAUAUUCUAUUGCUUAAAGCAAAAUACAGCCUAGUUUGAAACCCAAACCUAUGAUUAACCAUUGAUUAAGGAUAAACUUAUCAACAUCAUUGAGACACUAGAAAACAGAAGAGAUGGCGAUUAGUAUUCUAAAGCAUUACAGCAAUUAUACAUAUUUUCUAUGGGUUAAUACUCAGUCAAGGACACCUUAGUUGAAUAGUAUCCAAAUUCUAGGCUGAAGAAGGUGCUAGCCAACAAUGCUCUCAAUUAAAUUACUUCGAUUCAAGUGAUUUGUCAGAAUUUGAAUCACAAAAUGAGCUUAAUGCCCUCGAUCGACUUAAGUCAAGACAAGAACGAACCCUUUCCUUUGAGGCUAAAUCUUGAAUAAGAAACUAGAAUGCUAUUGAACAUCCUCAUCAACUACAUUCUAGUCAAUAUUAAUGAUGACCCUCAUCUCUCAAGAGAUGUCAUUCAUGAAAAUAACGCUAUAGAGGAGAUGUGCUUCAGAUCAAUUAAAUUCAGUCUUGAGAUUCCUGUUGUUCCCAUCAGGAAAUUUCUUAUAUUGUUCUACCUCUUCCUAAGACUUUCUUUUGGAGAAGCCCCAGGUACUAUUUUAACCAUGCUAAAUUCUUUAUUAGAGACCAGAGAAGAAUGGAAGGAUUUGAAAUUCUUAAAAGAACUUUAAAAUCUAGUUGAGAAGGAAGAACCUAGAUUCAAUAUGAAAGUGCCGUCACCAGUUGAGAAGUUCUAUAAAAGACAUAUGAACUCAGACAACCCGAUACCACAGAUUAUUGUAGUCGGUAUACUUAGAGUACUACUGACUACUUGCCCAAAUGCUGCCAGAAAUACAGGAGGAAUCGAUUUGCACAGUGAAUGGAGUUCAAGUUUACAAUUCGCUUUCUAUAAGAAAGAAUUUUUCAUAGAAAAUGGGUUUAAAUCAGCACAUUACGCUCACAGCUUUUUAAUAAGUCAAGAUUCACAGAAUGACGAUGUAAGAGCUGAGGCGCCAGAUUUUGCUACUGUAGAAGAUUAUAAGUACGAGAAUGACCGGCACAGAGUCAUAGUGGCCUUAGUCAUUUCAGAUUUUUUCUUAUUCCUGAUGAAACACUUCAAGAAUAAUCAUGUGAUCCAGUUUAUCUACAUAUCCUAACUAGUAGUUGAUGCUAAUGGAGUUUUGGUGCUGUUGAAAUUCUUGAAUUAGGACUUCACAAAGAUAGAUUUCAGCACAGUGAAGAUUGACUAAAAGUACGAUUUCAUUUACAACGAGGUGGGCUAACUUUAACUUGAUUAGAUUCUUGAGUACUCCAUAAAUUCUCUGCUCAGAUUGAUGUAUAAGACUUGCAAGAAUCAAGGGGAGAGAAUCAAAUCCUAUCUAGUCCAGUACAAAGCAGCUUUGAUAAUGAAAAGACUAAUCAACAAGUUUGAGAAGAGCGAGGUAGCUGAUAUCAAGAAGAAUGCUGGAAAGAUCAUUAAGAUCCAGAUAAAGUAUAUGAAUAGAAACUGGCGCAAGAAUAAUAUGAAGAUAGUCUCACUAGUCUAUCAGUAUGUAAAGCUAAGGAGAUUAGACGACUGGCUUGCUUGGGAAAAUCAAGCACUCGAAGAGGAACUAUACCUUUCUCAGGAUGAGAUCAGGCAUAUUAACUCUGACUUCAACUAUAAACAUUACAAUUAGUUUAUAGAGAAAAUGGAAGAAGAUAAUUUGAAACUGGCAGCCGCUCAAAGUGGCAUCGAAUUGAAUGAAGAUGGAUCAGGUAUCGAUAAUGAGGAGGAAAAGCAAAAAUAAAGUUAAGCUGAGUAAAAGAGAUUAGAGAAUAAUAAGAAAUAUGGGAUCAUUAGUAGUGGCCUUGAUGUUGCUGUUGAUGAAACUAAUAUAUUGCAUCAUAUGUGGAAAAAGGCUGUUGUCGAUGAAACCUUUUAUCAAAAUUAUGAAUAAUGGCUAGAGGAGGAAGUUUGGAGCUACUAUGACUGA